AUGUCCCCAGAAGAAGACCAAUACGCCCCCGAGGCAACAGGCGACGCAGAAACCUCCCUAACGUACCCGGUCCAAGCCUCCGCGCUCCGCAAAGGCGGCUACGCAAUGCUCAAAUCGCACCCGUGCCGCAUCCUCGAGCUCACGAGCGCCAAGCCGGGCAAGCACGGGCACGGCAAGACUCUGGUGCGGGGCCGGGAUAUCUUCUCGGGCGUCGCGGUCGAGGAUUCGUGGCCCAGUUCGCAUAGUGUGAUGGUGCCGGUCGUGAAGAAGAAGAGUGGCGAGAAGCAGGAUGUGAAGCUGCCUGAGAACGAGAUUGGUGCUAAGGUCAAGAUACUAUUGGCCGAGGAUAAGCCAGUUCGUGUUACGAUCCUCGCUGCUAUGGGGAAGGAGCUUUGCGUGGAUGCGAAGGUCGGGAAUGAGGACUAGAUGUUCUCGAGCUUCGUUGACUGCGUUUUGAGUUUGUGUGUGGCAAGUCGUAGAGGUUUUGUCCUGUCGUGUUUUGAUGGGUUUUCCUCUAUGUCCUUAGGGGGCUGAAUGGCGCUUGCAGUGUAUUCGUAGAGUUUUUGUAGAUUUCCUGAAAAUUG